UCUCAUAGUCUCUACCAUUACAAAAUUAUGUAUAAACUAAAUUUAUCAUACUUUAAGGCUCUGGACUUAGCAUUACCAUCAAAAAAGACAGAGUUGUAUGACUUAGUGUCACAUUGCUUAAUAUUUUCAAGAAUUUGGCAACUCUCCAAGAAGGAGCAGCAAAAUGAAGCAAUCUAAAUGUAAAUAUCGUCAGGAUCAAGAAAUCAAGUCUGAGUCAAAGGACUAUUCCAAUAAACCCUACCAGACUAAAGUCUGAAAGAGCAAAGUCUAUCUGUAAAGUCAGUGGGAACUUCAGCAAAUAAAAGAUUUCUUGAAAAUUCACUCAAUGAAAAUUAUGAACUUAAAGAUGCUCAUUCUGGUCCAGACAAACCCAGAAAUAGCCAACCUCAUUUUCGUUCUUACAAAAGUAUUCGAUUUGACUCCAGACAAAGCAUUGCUGGAAGUGAAUACAAGCACUCUAAGUAUUCUAAACAUUCGAAAGAAGAGUCUAAAGUGCCUCGACUUCGUAAAAACUUUUCGAAGCCCGUUCCGAUACAAGAGUCUGUCAAUGAGUCUGACAACAAACACAAGCAAGUGUCAAGUGGAUACAUGCAAGAGGACACUCCAGCCAGAGUUGUGCCAGUGUCGAUUUAUUGUGAGAAUGCAAUGCUGAUUCACUGCAACCAUGGCAAAGUAGAGUUUGGCAAGAACACACUGCACAAGAAUGCUGACAAGAAUGCUGACAAGAAUGCUGACAAGAAUGCUGAAAAGAAUGCUGACAAGAAUGUUAACAGCAUCAGUCACUUACAUCAGAACAUUGGAGGAUCCCCUCAGAAUCCUGCCAACAGCCACUGCUGCACCUCCAAGAUCAGAAUCGUUGAACCAAUUCCGAAAGUGGAUCAAGCCGAGAUCAGAGAGUUCAUUGAGCGCAAUAAUCAGCGCGAGCAAGAUUCUGGAGAUCAAAGAUUCAAAGAUUGAUGAUAUACUCAAGGAUGAUCCACCCAGUGCACAAUCUUUUAAGCUCAGUUGUUUGAAGCAUGGUGGACUUUUAUCAUUAGUCAUGAGGUUGUUUCAAUGUUUAAAUUUAGUGACAACAUUCAAUUUCAACCUUCGCUUCUAG